AUGGAUGAAAGCCAUUCAAGAGACCGUCCACCAGCACCACAUUCUAUCAAAAUUCCAUUUGAAAUUGUGAGAUUUCAAUCGACACAUGAUCUGGGAGGAGUCGAAUGGCAACUCUCGUUUCGAAAAUCUCCGGUCCACCAAUACAACCAACUCGAGCUGUCCACAUUUUGUCUCGUAGAAGAUGAACUUGUCCACGUGGAGAUGGAGGUGUAUGUCCCACAACUUCUACCGAAUCGAAUGAAUUUUUGGCACGUCUUCGACACUGAACGAUACUCGUUUGCAAUACCAUUUGGCGCCGAGAAAAUAGAUCCAAAAGAUGAUCCACAAUUGGAGCACCUAGUUGAAGGACCAUCAAUUCGAAUCUCAGUGAAUCCAAAGAUAUGGAGAUACAGAAAUUGGCAGUUUCCAUUUGCAGAUGUGGUUUUGAAAGUGGGAAAUGAAGAGUUGUAUGUGAAUAGAACGAUCCUGAGCGCUGUUAGUCGCUUCUUCAAUUAUAUAAUGCAAAGCAGUAGACUGAAACAGAUGCACGAUCACCAGGUUUUAUAUGUCAAAGGAGUUUGUUUUGAUGAUCUGUACGAUUUGAUGGGAUACAUUUAUCAUGGAUGGGAUUUUGAUACUGAUCGCUCAUUGCAUCUUCAAAGAGUUGCUGAACAGUUUGGGAUGUUUGUGGAUGUUUCACCGACAAACACAUUCGAAGAAAGAAUCCGCUCAGAAUACUUUAAUCCUGAUCCACGAAAAAAGAACAUGACAGCUUUGGUAGAACAAAGAGCCGACAACAAGCCCAUAUUCUUUGGUCAUGACCAUUCUCCAUUUCUAGAGGAAGAGCUCAUAAGACUCUUUGAGGAACGAAGAAACCAAGCGGCACAAGCUUCUCCAAUCUCUCCUCGUUCUGUAAGCGUGGAACCUCCUCCGGUCUAUCGUGAAGCAUUACAAGAAUUCCAAAUGGAAGUCGACGAAGAUGACGUUGAGCGAGUGAGGGAAGAUUCUGAAUCGCUUGACUCCGAAUCGAGUAGCUCUAUGUCGAGUAUUUAUACAACACCAAUGGAAGCGAGUCGAUGGAAUGGCUUUUGUGGAAUUACUUUGACAUUCAAUUCUCUAGGUGUUAAUAAGAGAUUUCGACAAGGAACAUGUUCAGUUCAAUCUGCCUAUGGAGCUUGGGACUUUUAUUUCUACAAAUCAACUCUCAACAAUGAAGAUUACAUGUCGUUUGGGGCAUAUGGCACUCAAUUGGACUACUAUGGAAUCAGUGAAGCUGAAUUUCGAAUCAGAAUCGAUGGAGUCAACACGAUCCCGUUGUUCAAAAAGUUAAUUCGAUUUGUCUCCGUUGAUAACAAUGCGAUUGGAUGUCCAAACUUUUUACGCUGGAUUGAUGUUCGGAACUAUUCGGAUGGUCAAGGAUUCGUUGCAAUUUCCGUUGAAUUCAGACUCCAAAAAGCUGGAAACGGUGCUUAUAUAGCAAAUCAGUUUUCUGGAGAAAAAGAUGAGCUGGUUUCGGUGGAAGGUGAACUGAUUCCAGUUAACAAGGAUGUACUAUCAGAAGCGUCACCCGUUCUCAAGGAACUAUUCAAUUCGCGUUUUCCCUUUAUCAAGUCGCCAUUUGAAAUUGAAAAAGUCAGUUGCAGACAUUUUCUAAUCAUGUUGGAAUAUAUUUAUAACAAAAGAUGCAAAAUUGACGAUUAUGAGUUUCAUAAAAUGAUGUCAGUUGCACAAAGGUUCCAAAUAAAAGGAAUGCCAGAACAAAUCAUUCGAGACUACGUCCGUCUUCAGAACCUUUCAGAAAACGAAGCAUACGACUUUGCUCUGUUCUUCGGGUUGGACACCAUGAUGAUUCACUACUACAGUCAAAAAGCUGAUUUGUUUUACGAUAAUAGAAAAUCAAUAAUUCGACACUCACUCUGGAAUAAUCCUGUAAAACCUACGCGUCCAUGGAUUCCAUUGUGUGAAAUUGCUAAAGGGGAUGUUAGCGUUGUUUUUAAAGUGAUUGAUCUAGAAGGGACAUCGUUAGCAGCUAUGAAGGUCGAAAAAAUUCCUCAAAAAGAGAAAAAACUCAAAAAGAAGCAUAUUGAAAAGGAUAUUCUGGAGGUACUCCAAGAGAGUCCCCAUUCUCUUCAUCUUAUUGCUCACUCUUAUGUCAAUCACAUUCGAGUUACCGUAAUGACUCUAGCUGGUCCUUCACUCGGAGUUAUCAAGCGAUUGAUGAACAACAAGUUCAGUGACUCUACUAUUCUUCGUCUGGCGAUUCGAACUCUUCUAUCUCUCAAAGAUCUUCAUGAACACGGCUACAUUCAUCGGGAUUUGGAACCAGACAACAUUGCGCUCUCCUACUGUAAAUCUUCUCGAAGUGUUUAUCUUUUGGAUUUCGGACAGGCCAGAGAGUACGCAAGAAUCGAUAAAGGGAAAUGGAUCCUGAGAGCUGCUAGAGACAAAAUCCCGUUUAAAGGAUCCGUUCAGUAUUGCUCACCCAAAAUGCACGAUGAGAAGGAAUUGGGAAGAAUCGAUGAUCUCUGGUCGUGGUUGUAUAUUUUCAUGGAAAUGCGCGUCUUUCUUCCAUGGACUGAUUCAACAUUGUCUAGCUAUUUUGCUUCGAGAAAACGGACUGAGCUGGAGGAGACUCUCAAUUCUGAUCCAUUCCUGACCACCUUCCUCCCCAUCGUCAAGAUCAUGAAAACCUCAGAGUUUGCUGAUCGUCCAGAUUAUUUUAAAAUCUACGAGAUUUUGGCUGAAAAAAUGAUUCAAAUUGGAGUCAAAUGGACCGAUCCUAUGGACUACGACAUGAUCACUGCAAGACACAAUUUCUUCUCAACGACUCUGAUGAAUGAGGAGAAGAUGACCGAGGAGCAGUUGGCGGCUGCUUUCCAGGAGACCAUCGUUCCAGGAGGAUCUCAAUAUGUGAUUGGUCCUAAUGUUCCGUUUUAUGGAGUGGAGAAGGAAAAGACAAAGGAGGAGAAGGAAAAGGAAAAAGAGAAGGACGAUGAAAAGGAAAAGAAGAAAGAAAAAGAAAAGGAAAAAGAGAAAGAGGUUGAGAAGAAGAAAGAGAAGGUUGCUGAAAAACCGAAGGAAAAGGAAAAAGAAAAGCCAAAGCCGAAAGAAAAGGGGAAGAGCAGAGAAGUGAUUGCGAAGGAUAAAGAUAGAAAGAUGGGAUCUCAAGAGAAAACCACCGACAAAUCUUCGGAUGCUCCUAGCAAGAACAUUGUAGAAAAGACGAGCAAGCAACAGAAGACCGCAAAGCAGGCAGUUCCCCCGCUUCCCAAAAAGAACACGAAGACCAGCUCGACAAGUUCUGCGAGCCAUCAGACUCCACCGUCGGUGGCAGAAAAGCCUCCGUCAUCUCUUCCAUCUCAUCCUCCACCACGUUCGAUGAAGAAGAAGCCAGCGAGGACUCCUGCGAAACUGAAACUUAAAGCUAACUAG